AAAUUCUACACAGAGGAUGGUAUCUGGGACCUGGUUGGAAACAACACUCCUAUCUUCUUCAUUAGAGACCCUGUUCUAUUCCCACUGUUCAUACACUCACAAAAACGUAAUCCUGUGACCAAUGUCCAAGAUAUGAAUGCUUUCUGGGACUUUAUCUCCCUACGCCCGGAGACUACCCAUCAAGUGUUGAUCCUUAUGUCCGAUAGAGGUAUCCCUGAUGGUCAUCGUCAUAUGCAUGGAUAUGGAUCACAUACGUUCGCGUUAAUGAACAGCAACGAAGAGAAAACCUAUUGUAAAUUUCAUUUCAAGACCCAGCAGGGUAUCAAAAACUUGCCGGUGAAAGACGCAGAGAGACUAGCUGGAUCCUCACCGGAUUACGCCCAGAAAGAUUUAUACAACGCCAUCGAAGGAGAGAACUUCCCCAAAUGGAAGCUGUACAUUCAAACCAUGACAGAGGCACAAUCACAGUCUUGUUCAUUUGAUCCCUUUGACGUGACCAAAGUCUGGCCCCAGGGUGACUACCCCCUACAAUCCGUAGGUGAAUUUGUCCUCAACAAAAACCCAGAGAAUUACUUCAGUGAAGUAGAACAACUUUCCUUCUCUCCGGGUGCGUUCAUUCCUGGUAUAGGCCCAUCCCAAGACCGGAUGUUACUAGGAAGGAUCUUCUCCUACCCUGAUGCACAUUUAUACCGCUUGGGAUCUAACUUCACUCAACUGCCUGUGAAUGCCGCGUACCACGUGAAGAACUUCCAAAGAGAUGGAGUGGAUACAAUUGAUAAUCAAGGAGGUGCUCCGAAUUAUCACCCGAAUAGUUUCGGAGGACCGAAGAAUAAACACUCAGCCAAGAAGACAUAUCCAACUAUCCGGGUAUCUGGAAAUUUGGGCAGGUACGACCUUCGCGAUGCUGAUAAUUUCUCACAAGCGCGUGUAUUUUAUCGGAGCACUAUCGAGGAACCCGAGCGUCAACGCAUCGCUGAUAACAUCGUCGGCGGUCUCAAAUUCGCAAUCAAACCAAUCCAGGCGAGAACUAUCGAUAUGUUCUCACAAGUUGAUGAAGAUCUCGGUAGGAAGAUAAGCAAAGGGUUGCGAGGAGAAAAUCUAAGCGUCACUUUAUAAAAUACUAGCUGUUGCCCGCGACUUCGUUCCGGCAGUGUUUAAUAAAAAUGUAAUUCGUUUUUACUCUCUUGUUCUAGACAUACUCGUAGUAAGAGUCAAUUCUAUCACUAAAAUUAGCAAUUUUAAUUUAAAGAAA